AUGGAAAACGUUUGCGCUGGGCGCUCGGAUAAGGAGCUAUCCCGGGCAUUGAUUACGGACUCGCGAUCUACCGUGAAGUGGCUUGCUGGUCGUGGUAUCCGAUUCCAGCUGUCUUUCAACCGUCAGGCAUAUGAAGUCGACGGCAGAUUCAAAUUCUGGGGUGGUCUGUGUUUGAAGACCGAAGACGGGGGCAAAGGUCUCAUCGCGGAUCACCUAGCCGCGGCCAAGAAUAGUGGUGUCCUCCUCUCGUGGGGUACAGGACUGAAAGGUGUCAAAAGACAGACCGAGUGUGGGCAGCACCGGUAUCUGGCUACCGUUCUCGACGAAGGAGUGGAGCGAAUUGUUUCAACGAAUGCGAUUGUAUUCGCUGCAGGCGGUUUUGAGUCGAACCCACGCAUGCGCAGCCAGUAUCUUGGACCUGGAUGGGACAUGGCCAUGGUCCGUGGAAUUCCGUACAAUAUGGGGGAUUGUAUUGAGCUCGCUAUCCGGGAUCUUGAUGUUUUGCCAGUGGGCAACUGGUCGGGGUGCCAUGCCACGUGCUGGGAUGCGAACGCCGAUCCAUCGGUCGGUGAUCGUGAGGCCUCCAACGAAUACACCAAUUCAGGAUACCCCCUGGGCCUCAUGAUUAAUGUCGAAGGACACCGCUUCGUCGACGAGAGUGUUACAAUGAGAAACUACACAUAUGCCAAGUUUGGCCGCGCCAUCCUGCAGCAGCCGGACCACGUCGCCUUCCAGAUUUGGGACGCCCGUACGACAAAUUGGCUUCGGUCAGAAGAAUAUCGCCCUGAGAGACUCAAAGAGAACCGCUUCGAAGCGGAAACUGUCGAAGAGCUCGCCGGUGUCCUGUCUUCGCAUGGCCUGAAAGAUCGUGCAAAGUUCUUAGGCACUUGCCGGGACUACAACUCCGCAACAUAUGCGUUCCAGCGGAAAAGCCCAUCAGUAAAGUGGGAUCCUUCUGUUUUAGACGGUGUUUCGACACAAUCGAAGAUUCAACUGCCUUUGUCCAAGUCGAUCGGGCACUUCCUCUGGACAAGGGUCCGUUUCUUGCUGUGA